AUGUGUUUGCUUACACGAAAUACCUUUGCGGUGAUAGCGUUGUUGAGUUUUUGUACUGCUACUGCUUUGCUCCACAUCUAUGCCAGUGCCAGUACAGCGUUCGAUUAUUCGGAUGCGCUGUACGUUCCACAAUGGGUCACAGGUUCGGUGUCGAGGGCGACCGGCAAGUGCGCUGUCAACCUGUUUGGGCUCCCCAGAGCUUUCCGCUCCUUGGUUUUGCCAUCGCUCGUCGAGAAUGUGAUUCGUCCUAACGCUCUUCAUCAUUGCGACUACUUCGUGCACUACUUUAAUUUGACGCAUGAAAAGGCCGGCCGAUCAGGUGCCGGCGGCCGUAUUAAUCCGGACGAGAUACUGUUCCUGAAAGAAGCCGUCCACAACCUUUCAUCCGAAUCGGUCGUCAAGUUUCGCUACGACCAAGAACAGGCCUUUUGGGAUCAAUACCAACCGCUUAUUGACAGAGUACGGACCGCCAACGAUACAGAUGGGCGCUAUUUGUAUUUUCCAUGGCGCGAUAAGUCAUAUGUGUACACACUUACAACAGACAAUAUCAUCAAAAUGUGGCACAGCAUCCAAUCGGCUUGGGAAUUGAUGACGGAGCACGAGGGGGCGACUUCUAAAAGGUACGAUCGUGUGGCCAUGUUGCGGUCGGACGUGGUGUACAUGACUCCAAUUGACGUCUUCAAAGUCAACCGACAACCACUCCGUACCGGCGACAAAGUAGCUGUCGUUCCCGCCUUUGGGCGGCACCCCGUCAACGACCGUAUGAUCAUGGGACCACGGCACGCUGUGGAAAUAUGGGCCGCAGAGCGAUUUGACCGGCUCGAGACGCAUGUGCAGUUCGUGCAGGAGAAGCAUCCGGGGUGGGGUAUGCACUCGGAAAGGUUCAUCAACUGGACGAUCUUCCCGACCAUUCGAAACACCGGAACCGCUAUUCUAGAAGACGACUAUAUGUGUUUCUUCCGGGCCCGAGCGGACGAGACGGUACAAAUUAAUGAUUGUCAGGAUAGCCAAGAGCGAGUGGCCGCUUCGUCGAUCAUGCAAAAUCUUGGGGAAGACGUGUCUGAACGGUUGGAGUUAGUCCUGGGCCGCAAGUGUCUCAAUACAACACAAGGCUCAGUGGCUACAAGGUUGCGAUGUCCGAUUGAGAUGGUAUGAGGAUAAUUUCGCUUCUGAAAAGCCAUUCCACUGUCCUCAUUUCUAAGCAGAUUCAUGUACGUUUACGAAUGGAAAACAUCACGCCUUUUGCACUCGCAAUCACAACAUGAAAGAUUUUUGGGACGUAACGAGAACCUUCAGGCCAGAGAUUUCGAAAAAGGGAACCAAAACUGGCCAAGGGAGUCGCGUUUUCACUCUCUGUACCUUUCUUACAUACAACUGUAGAUCCUGGGUUUUGAAGGUCGUGGACGACGACCACAUAUGCAGCUAGUUCCCUCACAGCAGCAUAUGCAAUUGACCGGCUCACUAAACGCUGGAUUCCGAAUGAGCAAAACAGCAAUUGACCGCUACUGUUACUAGUAGUAUAUAUAU